AUGGACGGCUUCGAGAAGUCGAGCUUGAAUGAAGAUGACUUUGGCGCAAAGGGUGGCAUUGUCAGCGCCUUUGAUGCAUUCCCCAAAUCAAAACCUCAGUAUGUGACAAAGACGUCAGGCGGCGGCAAAUGGACCGUCGCCAUGCUCUUCAUCUCCUGCAUCUUCCUGUGGACCGAGAUAGGCCAAUGGUGGCGCGGAGCCGAGCAUCACACGUUUGCCGUCGAAAAGGGUAUCGGGCACGACAUGCAGGUCAACCUCGACAUUGUUGUCAAGAUGGACUGCAACGACCUCCACGUCAACGUCCAGGAUGCAUCGGGCGAUCGCAUCCUUGCUGGAGACAAGCUGAAGCGCGAUGCUACGACAUGGCACCAGUGGGUUGACGCGCAGGGCAUGCACAGGCUCGGCAAGAGUGAGAAUGGCAAGCUGGACACUGGCGAAGGCUGGCAUGGCGCCCACGAUGAGGGCUUUGGCGAGGAGCAUGUGCACGACAUUGUGGCUCUCAGCCGAAAGAAGGCCAAGUGGGCAAAGACGCCGUCGCCAAAGGGCAGGCCGGAUAGCUGCCGUAUGUAUGGCAGCCUGGACUUGAACAGGGUGCAGGGCGACUUUCACAUUACAGCCAGAGGCCACGGUUAUGGUGGCCAGCACUUGGACCAUGACAAGUUCAACUUCUCUCACAUCAUCUCGGAAAUGUCCUACGGCCCCUUUUACCCAUCGCUGGUCAACCCCCUCGACCGCACCGUCAACCCCGCCAUUGUUCACUUCCACAAGUUCCAGUACUUCCUCUCCGUCGUCCCCACCGUCUACCUCACCGGCAACAGGGUCGUCAACACCAACCAGUACGCCGUCACGGAGCAGAGCAAGGUCAUCUCGGACCACCAAGUCCCCGGCAUCUUCUUCAAGUACGACAUUGAGCCCAUCAUGCUAAGCGUCGCGGAGACCCGCCAUGGCUUCUUUAGCUUUUUGGUCAAGAUUGUCAACAUCUUCAGCGGCGUCAUGGUGGCUGGCCACUGGGGGUUUACGCUGAGCGACUGGGUGCGCGAGGUCAUUGGCAAGAGGCGGCGCAGCAACGGCGGUAUCGGCGUUUUGGGCAACAAGCACGGAUACGAUGAGUAA